GUAAACUGAGGAGCAUAGGUGUUUAAUGCUCAACAACCUAGUUGAAAUACGCAAUAAACUUUUAGUAAACGGAAAGAAAAGUAAAAAUAAAAAGUAUAAAAUUUCUAAAAAUGAAAAAAUAUAUUUUUCCGGAAGCUAAGAUGAAUUUACCAUCGAAACCAAAAGAGAUAAUAACAGCUGUAGCUCCUAUAGUUUGCGUUAAAAGUCCGGAUAAAAUCGAGCCGCAAAUUAAUUCAAGCAUGUGCGAUGAAUACGAGUGUGAAUUACUCCGUCUGGACAUAGGACUUAUGAAAGCCGAUUACGACAACUGGGAGGCCAUUUUCAAAGAGUGCCAGUUAAGAGUUAAGCACGAGAUUAUAAUGUAUGAAAAAGCUGCGGAGGUAAUUUUAAAAUUGAUGGAAGACAGCAAAGUCGAGGCGAAUGUUAUAAAUGAAGGGAAAGGAAUUUAUGUGACAAUCUCGUACAAACCCACCGAUUACGUUUACAUAAACGUAAGUAAUAAUAAGGGUCUUAGGUGCUUCACCCCUCUAAAGGCCUUGGACUGGGUUCAGCAGAAAAUCAUUGAUCUCAAGACAUCAUCAAGAAAAAUCGAGAAUGAUCAGCAGUUUGUAAACGCUCAAAGAGAGAAAAUCAAUUCGAUAGAAAAAUAUUUAGUGAAAAAGGAAAAAUUUCUUUCUCACAGAAAAAUAGCUGUUGAAAAACUAAACCAAAUGAAGACUAAUUUUAUGGAGAAACCAGAACCGUUUUUGGAAACCAAAAAGGAUUUUGAAAGAGAAUUCACAGAGUUUAUGGCAGAGGUGGAAAAGGACAACGCUUUAUUGAGCCACAUGACAGAAGAUAUUUUAAAUCUGUUAAAUAAACUUUCAACUUUUCGGUCUGAAAGAUUGUCAGAUUCUAUUGUCAAUCGUGUACGAAGAGAAAUCAACGAGCUUCUUUCAAAAUUAGGAGAACAGAAAACACAAGAUGAAAUUUCUAAGAUUGAUUCGGCUGAAACCAUGAUUAAUAUUAAUUUGACUCAAAACAGUUCGGUUAAAAUCGAUUCAACGGGAAAUGCUUCUAGCCAAAAAUAUUCUGUUGAAAAUAUGAUUCGAAAUGAAUCGGAGUUUAUCAAAACGAUGAAAAAAAUGUCUAUUAAAAUAAAUUCAACAAAAAAAGAUUUAAAGAAAAAUGAUGUCUCUGAGAAUAACUCCGUUAAGAUUAAAUCUAAUAACAAUAGUUCAAUUGAAGUCGAUUCUACUAAAAAUGAUUCCAUGAUAGCCAAACCGUCUGAAAUUGGUUUGGAAAUGAACAAGGAUCAGUCUGCAAUUAAAGUUCAAAAAGUUCAAACAAAAUCCAUUAAAACCAAACCGAUCCAAAAUGAUUUAAGUAAAAUGGACUCCAGUGAAAAUAAUUCCGGAAAAAUGAGUUUAAAUAGGUCUCGCGAUCAGUCGACGACUGAGGUCAUCAAAAAUAACAAAGAUCAACAAUUAUCACCAAAAUAUAUGACAAAUUAUACAGAAGUAGGCAAGCAACAAUUUGAAUAUGAUGACAGCCAAAAUAAAACACCGCUUUCUGAAAUACACCAAUUAGUGGAUGAUUCCAUUCUACGUAUGACAGAUAUUCUAAGUCUGCGCUCACUUGAUUGUACCGAUAGAGAAGAAUUUAAUGAUAAUGAUUCGAUAACCGAUUCAAUUGAAAAUGAAUCGAAUAAAAUCGAGAUCUCUGAAUAUACUGGUACUAAAGAAAUACAGCUUGAUCAAAAGUCACAAAAGAUAAUGGAGAAUUAUACAGAUAAUUCCCAAAGUUGUGGUUAUAGUUUUCAAAAAUCAAUUUUAAAUAAUCUAAAUGAGGAUGCAGAAAACGUGAUUGCAUAUGAGACACCGAUAAGUGCUCUUCAAGAAAUAGGAAAUAUCUCCCCACAAGAAAUGACAGGCCUAAGCGAGUGUAAUUUUGACGAUACCAAAAGUGAUGGAUAUUUUACUAAACGCAGAAACAAAAACAAAAAGAAUGUUAUUGCUUGUGAAAUAGGUUUAGAAAGAGAUUUAAGUCCAGAAAAGAUUGGCAAUCUUCUUCCGGAUAUGCCUGCUUCCAAAGAUCUUAGUAAAUAUGUAGAUGCUUGUCUGGAAAAGAUGACAUUUCUUCUACCCGAUCGAGUACUACCAUCUGGAGCUAAAUCUAAAGACUUCCCUUUAGUAAACGAAGAGGGAACGGAUGAUGACAUAACCAUAACUAAUAACUCCAAGCACUUUAAUAAUGAAGUUUUUGAUAAUUUCCCAUCCACAGGAAAUCAAGACAAUAGUGAUGACGAGUUAACAAUCACAAAAUUUUAAAAAUCUUUUGAAAUGCAUUUGUAUGAAUGGGUUUAAGUUCUA